AUGGAGGCCGCAGAGGCUACUGCACUCAAUGGAAGGAGCGGUAGAGAGGAGCAAGACUUCAGCGACAUUGACAGAGCAGAGGAGAUGAAGUCGCUGCAGCGUGUCCUUGAUGCCUACAUAGAGUACAGGGGCUCCGUAGAAGAUGACAUCAUCAGGUGGGAGCGGUCGUACCACCACCUGACACCCCCUCACCGCGCCCUCGUCCCCGAGCUUCCCUCAAAGUACACAGCCCUGCGCCGCUGCGCCGACCAGAACGCACUUCUGAUUGACGCCAUGCUCCAGUCGUUUGAUGCCCCUUUUCAGUCUCGACAAGCUGAGGACCCUUGGACAGCCACCGCUGUUCCGCAGCCGGAAGCAACAGUGACUGAGAAGUCAACAGACGGCGGGGACCAAGUAGCGGGGGGGGCGCUCGAGCGAACUUCUCAGGGAAAUGGACCAAUCGAAGCAGUCCGGUGGAGCGGCCAGAAAAGGAGCAGGCCCGAAACAAGCGCCUCAGAGCCGACGCCCCGAGAAGUGGGCCAAAAAUUGGGGCCCGCUGAUCAGAGAUCGCUCGACCACUCAGAGGAGGCUGCAAGUGGUGAUGUGGAUCUAGGCCCCUGGGAGACGUCAGGAAUUGGUGUGAAUGGGAACCGAGGGGGGGAGCCUGUUCACAGUCAGAAUGUUGCGGGUGCAGGCAGAGAGCCCGAACCUGUUCGGACUCAAGGUGGUGUGUCUGUUGUUGAAGGGAGGGAGCUUGUUCACAUCCCUGGUAGGACGAGAGGUUACGGAGACUCAGAGCCUGUUCACACUCACGCGGGUAUGGAAGCAUAUGGUGAGGGGCGGCCUGUUCACACCCAUACAAAUGGGCUGCCGUAUGCGUGGGGGGAUGGGCAGGCGACCGAAGACUUUCACAGGCGUGUUCCUCCUAGCGAUGUCGAAAAGGUCCGGUGCGUCCUGCGGAACAUCGUCCGCGACUGGACGUCCGAGGGUGCCGCCGAAAGGUCCGCAUGCUAUGGUCCGAUCCUGGCGGAGCUGCGGAGCUGCUUUCCGGAGGGGAAUUCCGGCUCCGCCCAGCCCCUUAGCUGCGUCGUGCCGGGCGCCGGGCUGGCACGGCUUGCGUGUGAGAUCUCGCGCCUGGGCUUCGAAGUCCAAGGCAACGAGUUCUCGUACUACACGCUCAUCGUGUCCAGCUUCAUCCUCAACAUGACUGAUCAGGCCCACGAAUGGACCUUCUACCCGUACAUUCACUCGCAGUGCAAUACGCGGCGGGAUGACGACAUGCUUCGGCCCGUCACGCUUCCAGAUUUGCACCCGGGCAGUGCUGGCAUCACGGACGGGUUCUCAAUGUGUGCGGGCGACUUCUUGGAGGUCUACGGGGGCCGCCAUCAAGCGGGUGCGUGGGACAGCGUGGUCACGUGCUUCUUCAUCGACACCGCGCACAACGUGAUCGCGUACCUGGAGGUGAUUGCGCGCAUUUUGAAGCCCGGAGGGGUCUGGAUCAACUUCGGACCGCUGCUGUACCACUUUGCGGACGCCCAUCAGUACUCGCAGGAUGACGAGCUAUCGGUCGAGCUGAGCCUCGAGACUAUCCUGCGAAUCGCCAGGUCGUUCGGCCUCAAGCUGAAGCGAGAGCCGCAGUUUGUGUCCACAACAUACACAAGCAAUCCGCGCUCGAUGAUGACGACCCGAUAUAACUGUGCAUUCUGGACCAUGAUCAAGGAUUGAGCGUUUAACACUGACGAGAUCAGACAGAACCGGCGCAUGCCUUUUGACAGGCUAAUCGAAAGAGUAGCAGGUGCGUUAGGCACCCCUGGCCUACCGUACCAAUCAGGACGUUAUGUAGGCCAAUGAUCGCUACAAGCUCCCGCUAUUGCUGGCUCUCAAAAAGGGAUUCAACGUUCUACUAGAUGCAAAAAUAUUUUCAGCGGAGCAGGAUAGACAUGAAAGACAGGUACGGAAUGUUUGGAAGAGAUGGACCGUCAUUCACUUAGACAAGUCCAACAGGGGAUAGAGCCGGAACAUGUCAAUUUCUAGGUUGGUCUGCCGCCUGGCUUUCGGCUCACUCAGUGUAAAUGCACGAUCACGAGCUACGCGCAAAACAUGCUCAUCUACCGGGCAUAUAAG